AUGCUCCUCAACCUCGCCCUCCUCGCUCUCGGAGCCCUCGCCACUCCCCUCAACCAACCCGCCAUCCCCCCCCCCAACACCGCAACCUGCUCCGCCUCCUUCUGCUCCCAAGGCCACGGAGCCGCCAUGACCUGCUACAAGACGCACAUCGGCCGACCCUACAUCAACGGCGGCGGCUGCCAAUCGAUCCAGGACAAGAUCCGCAACGAGGUCAAGUACAUUGCCAACUACCACUGCGACGACGACGACGGCGCUGGGCAGACUUCGCUUUCCUUCAGUACUGCGGCGGAUCCGGCUGCCAAUAUUGGAGCGAUCGAGGCGCUGCAGAAGUCGUAUCCGAUGGUUCCGUUCGAGGCUGAGAGGAUCUGUUUGCUUGAGGGGAACGCAGUACCGGAGGAUUGGCCGUCGCCUGAUGGGCCUCUGAUUGAGCCCGUGGUGGUCGAGCCCGUGGACGACAAAGACGACCCCUCACCCAUCGCUUCCGAGGCCGAGUUUGGUGCUGCGUGCAGAGCUCUCGAGGCGGAGAUGGGCAUGGCUGUUGGUUGCGAUGAGCCACUCACAGCGUCUCCGAAGCCUUCAACCGCUUGA